AUGGGGGCAUGGAUUACUGUGAUCCUGAAAAGAGUGGAUGGAACUGUCAGCUUCUACAGGCCCUGGGAUGCUUACAAGGAAGGCUUCGGGAACAAGGACGGAGAGUACUGGCUGGGUCUGGAGACGAUGUAUAGACUGACAUGGCCUUCAAAGUAUGAGCUGAGGGUGGACAUGGAGGACUGGCAGGGUGGCAGUGUCUUUGCCCAGUACACCUCCUUCUCCGUGGAGUCUGAGGACGAUGGCUACAGGCUUCGCUUGGGGAACUAUGUCGAUGGGGGAGCACGUGAUUCUCUGACCUAUGUGAAUGGCUAUAGAUUCUCAACCUACGACAAAGACCAAGAUGGAUGGUCCAGCAACUGUGCACAUGCCCAUAAGGGUGGCUUUUGGUUUUACAGCUGCCACUAUGCCAACCCUAAUGGUUUGUUCCAAAAGGGGCAAAAUUAUGGGGAGGGGAUCAAUUGGUAUCACUGGAAGACUAACUAUUACUCCCUGAAGUCCAUGACAAUGAAAAUCAGGAGAGUGACUCCACCUGAGUAAUGCCAGGAGCCCUGCACUUCUUUACUUUUUUGGCCUUUCAAAUCUUUCCUUUUGCGCAUGGCUAACAGUAAUCAAUAAUCAGGAAUCAGUAAUCAGUAAG